AUGCAAGGAAAAGCCAAAAAAGGAUAAAGGAAAGCAAAAGCAGGUCAUUCAUUCCGUUAAGAGCUUAGUGAAAAGUAAAAGAAGGAUAUCAAAGAAGCUUUUGACUUAUUCGAUGUGGAUGGAUCAGGUUGUACGAUUGAUGAAAAAGAAUUAAAAGUUGCUUUACGUGCAUUAGGCUUUGAACCAGGAAAAGAAGAGAUUUAAAACUUAAAAUAAAAUCUUAAUAAUAACAACGAUUCAAAGGAAAAUAAAAAUACAAUUGAUUUCAAUGAGUUUCUUCAAAUCAUGACAGAGAAAAUGAAUGCAAAAGAAUCACAGGAAGAAAUAGAAAGGGCUUUUCAUUUAUUUUCUUAAGGUAAUGAUAAUUUCAUCACUUUUGAAAACUUAAAAAAGGUAGCUCUUGAAUUAGGAGAGACAAUGUCAGAUGAUGAAUUAAAGCUGAUGAUUUAGGAGGCUAAUAGCAAAAACCCAAGUUAAGGGUAUGUGACGAAGGAUUAAUUUUACGAUGUUUUAUCCAGAGCGACUAAUUAAUGA